UUCCUUCCGACAGGAAGAAGUGCACGAUUGUUUCCUAUCCUCUCUCACCUUUCUCAAUUUCUUCGCCCACUUUACCAAUCGCGUAAACCACGCGUUUCAAUCAAUCCCCUUCUCCAUUCCACUCCCGCCGGGAUCUGCCAUUCCUCCGCCGUCUGCAAAAUGCCGACCGGCACCAACAUUCACAUGUCCGCCCUAGACGGCAUCGUAAACGUCAAUUCCAUGUUCACUCUGGCCGUCUUCUUAGGCUUAGCCUGGAACCCCAACGACCCGACGAACAAUCUGGUCGAAAGCCCUAAUUGCUUGGCCGCCCCUAACGUCGCCGAGAAUCUGGUAGCCUUCCAUGUCUAUUCCUUCAGCUCCUUCCUCUUCUCCAGCUUAAUCGCCCUCGGCCUUAAGCAGGCCAUCCGGAUCUCCAAAACGCCCUUCUAUCACCCCACCGAGUUCUUCGUUCGCGUCAACAAAACGGCCGUCCGAAUCGGGAUGCUUGUUUCCGGAAUCGGCUCGGUUUGCGGCUGUGGAUUCCUCAUGAUGGCGCUUAUCAAUGUUGUUCAGAUCAAACUUGGUACUCUGAGCUGCGGCAGCUCUCAGACUUACGCGGCGGUGGUUCCGCUCGUGAUUUUGGUUCCAUUUGCCCUUGUGAUUUACAUCUGCCUUGUUUCUUACGCUUUUAUCAAUUAGAUCGCUGCGUAUUUCCUGAAAAUACCACGAUUCUUGAUCUCCUUACCUGUAGUCUUUAUAAUUCUUGUUAUACUGUUUCGGUAUCGUUAUCAAUCUUCAGGUGGGACUGCGUAUAAACUAUUUUGUUCGAUUAGAUUGAAUGGAGUCCAGAUCUUUGGUUAUUUCGGACUGGAAAUUUGUACCGUUAUCGUUUAGGUGUUGAUUCAGUCCACUUUGCUUGGACUCGGAAGAAAAUGGAGAGAACGAGAAAUUCGGUUCAUCUUUGCUCCUUCA